AUGUGCAGAUGGACGCCGUCCGUAGCUCAUCUCUGUCCUAAACCUGCCCUUGGCACUACCACUACUGCAGCCUCUGCCGGUCGUCCUCUCCCCCAAUCCAGUGCAGCCUCCCUUUGCCUGGCAUGCUUCACCCUGCUCCUGGUCACCGCUGGCACCGCCACAGGGGCCUGUCCUCCUGGGGUUGGACAUGAACCCCUUCAGGUGCUGGCGAGUGGCAUCAACUGUUCAUGGACGUUGGAAAGGCACACUCGCAGUUACAAUCACCUAGAGGGCGACGUCCGACUACGCCGACUUUACUCUGCCAACAAGUUCUUCCUCUGUAUUGACAAAACAGGCAAGGUGGACGGCACUCGGCGGAAAAACUUUGCAGACAGCCUGAUGGAAAUCCGAUCUGUCAGUGUGGGAGUUGUUGCCAUCAAAUCUGUCAGCACUGGGCUGUACUUAGCUAUGUCCAAGAAAGGCACGCUCUUUGGAUCGAUGAAGUACAACCCGAGCUGCAAGUUCAAGGAGCGCAUUGAGGAGAACGGCUACAACACAUACGCCUCCCUCCGUUGGAAGCAUGGCGGCAGGCAGAUGUUUGUUUCGCUGAACGGGCGGGGAAAGCCACGGCGAGGUCACAAGGCUCGACGAAGACACCCAUCCACUCAUUUCCUGCCCAUGCUCCCCUCCUAGCUGCCCAAGUCUGAACUCUGACCGGCAACUGGCUGGCUCACCUGCCUCCUCACACUAGUGUUGAUCUAGUCGUUACGGCAAUCUUUAUUUUUGUUACUCCAUUUCUCCUGUCACAUAAAUGUACAUUUGUUGAGGGUUGUAACAUUUGUAGAGUUAGUAUAAUAUGUACUUUUAAGUUAUUUUCUCCAUUUUCUAAUGAUGUUCAGUAAUACAGUAAAUAUGCACUAGAAUUAUACUAUCUCCAGGCAUCUGUCUGGCUACAGUAUUUUUCUGUGUGUCUGAACUGCAUGUAAAGCGGUGUUUGGGUGACUUUAGUUGGCUGGGAGAGGACUGAAAAGGGACAGCAAGGCAUGGAAACAACAAAAUGUGGCUCCCUGGUUUGUUAUGUAGCUUAUUUUAGAUGAUUAGCUAAAUAGGAACAGAAGCAUCUGGUACAGCAGAAAUUACAUUUUGAUUUUAAGUAUCGCUAUUAAAACAUAAAAGAAGCAACUUUGAAAUAGCUACAAAUCAGGGCCAUAGCUACCAGAAAGGAACACUGACGUGUUCUGUAUUUUGUGUGGGUUGGGGUUACACUCACAAUUACAUGACAUUGUAUGACAUGUUAAACAUAGUUCUUAUCUUCAUCACAUGUGGACCACCAUUUCAUAUUUGAAAAAUUCCCAUAUUGAGUGAUUUUCAGUUGUCUUACAUGGGAAAUCUAUAAUGUUAUAGGCAAAAAAAUUAAAUAAAC